AUGCCACGAUCUAUUAAUGCUCUUGACGCAGUCAAGUCAUGGAUAAACUUGUUGAAAAAUGCCGACAUCGUUGCAAGCCUAUUUGAUGCCGAUGAAGUAUUGGAUCAUGAGAUGGAUUUCAUCAACGCGGUCAAGAGUGCCUUGUUCGAGAAGCUAGCACCUCUUGUGGGAAAAGUCAAAGAAGAGACUGCGAUCGAAUCGGCUGACAACAUGCCCAAGGAAUAUAAUGCUGGAUCUUCACAGUAA